GCCCCGGGGCCGAGCAGGGGCGAGGCGCGGAGGGAGCGGCGCCGAGUGGGGCCGGGAGCGCGGCCAGAAUGGUGCUAGAAGGAAACCCUGAAGUGGGGUCUCCCCGAACCUCAGACCUCGGGCACCCAGGGAGCCAGGGCUCUUGUGUCCUCUCUUCUCCUGGUGAAGAUGCACAGCCAGGCGAGGAGCCCAUCAAGUAUGGAGAACUCAUCGUCCUGGGAUGCUGUGAGGAAGGAGGUGAGGAAACCGAGGCUCAGAGAGGGGAAGUGACUGGUCCAAGGGCACACAGCUGCUACAAUGGGUGUCUGGCAAGUGGGGACAAGGGCCGCCGGAGAAGCCGCCUGGCACUGAGCCGCCGGCCCCAUGCCAACGGAGUGAAGCCAGACGUCAUGCACCACAUCUCCACACCGCUCGUCUCCAAGGCACUGAGUAACCGUGGCCAGCACAGCAUCUCGUACACACUGUCCCGGAGCCACUCGGUCAUAGUUGAAUACACACAUGACAGUGACACAGACAUGUUCCAGAUCGGCCGUUCCACCGAGAACAUGAUCGACUUUGUGGUAACGGACACAUCGCCUGGAGGAGGGGCCGCCGAGGGCCCCUCUGCCCAGAGCACCAUCUCCCGCUAUGCCUGCCGCAUCCUCUGUGACCGCCGGCCGCCCUAUACUGCCCGCAUCUAUGCUGCUGGCUUUGAUGCCUCCAGCAACAUCUUCCUUGGAGAGCGGGCAGCCAAGUGGCGGACCCCCGACGGCCUGAUGGACGGCUUAACCACCAAUGGGGUCCUGGUGAUGCACCCAGCAGGCGGCUUCUCUGAGGACUCGGCCCCGGGUGUCUGGAGGGAGAUAUCAGUCUGUGGGAAUGUGUACACUCUGAGGGACAGCCGCUCGGCACAGCAGCGAGGGAAGCUGGUGGAAAACGAGUCUAAUGUGCUGCAGGACGGCUCCCUCAUUGACCUGUGUGGGGCCACGCUGCUAUGGCGCACGCCAGCAGGGCUGCUGAGGGCACCCACGCUGAAGCAGCUAGAGGCCCAGCGGCAGGAAGCGAACGCAGCACGGCCCCAGUGCCCCGUGGGCCUCAGCACCCUGGCCUUCCCCAGUCCGGCCCGUGGCCGCACAGCACCCGACAAGCAGCAGCCCUGGGUCUACGUCCGUUGUGGCCACGUCCACGGCUACCACGGCUGGGGCUGCAGGAGAGAGCGGGGCCCCCAGGAGCGCGAGUGUCCUCUCUGUCGCCUCGUGGGACCCUAUGUCCCCCUAUGGCUCGGCCAGGAGGCCGGCCUCUGUCUGGACCCUGGACCACCCAGCCAUGCCUUUGCACCCUGCGGCCAUGUCUGCUCUGAGAAGACUGCCCGCUACUGGGCCCAGACACCACUGCCCCAUGGCACCCAUGCUUUCCAUGCUGCCUGCCCCUUUUGUGGGGCCUGGCUCACCGGCGAGCAUGGCUGCGUCCGCCUCAUUUUCCAGGGGCCACUGGACUAGGCUCUCCCGGGGCCCUGGAUGCCGUGCCCACCUGCCCACCUAGGUCCCCCACCUUCUGCAGCCCAGAGGGAGCUCUGCAUGUGGGACUCUACCUGCUGGCACAUAGCCACACCGGAUGGACGUGUUGGAUGGGCUGUGCUCCUCCCUCUUAUCUCUGGUCCCCCAAACCCCUACCCCAGUCAUAAUGAUGGGGCCCUCAGCUCCAGCUCUGUCCCGGGCUUUCCUGGGGUGUCCUACAUCAUGCCGCCUACACUGUGUCCCUGGGGGAGUGAAGGGGCCGUGGGCCCCUGACCCCCAGCUUAGGCUGGCUGUGCCCCGAGCCUGCCGACCCAGCUCCAGAUAUACUCACCCUGCUGCUGCCCUGGGUUCCUCUAUAAACCUUGCUGCUCAGCUGCCCUCGCAAAUCCCGCGUGUCCAGCAUGAGUGCAGUGCCGCCAGCCCCUGCGUGAGCGGUGGGUGGGCAGCAGGCUGGGACUGGCAUCUGCUGAUACCCACUGUGGGCUGGACCACUAUGCCAAGUGGGCUCUGGGGACAGACACAAUCAGACUUGGUUCCCUGCCCGGUGGAAUUCACAGUCUAGUGGACGACAGGCCAAAUUACUGAAUGACAGCACAGUUUCCUGUGUGCCAGGAUCGGAGAACGGCCAAAGGCUGUGGAGCAGGUCUCAC